AUGGAACAGCCAACUUCAAGCACCAACAGGGAGAAGAUGAAGGGCCCCUGUGAAUCCAACAACAACAAAAAUGAUGAGAUGCAGGAGACACCAAACAGGGACUUAGCCCCCAAACCGAGUUUGAAAAAGACAAAAACAUCAGAAUAUCCAACAUUAUUAAUGUUUCCCUACAAGAAGUUUAAGAAAAUAAGUUCAAGUCAAGUGGAGAAUUACCAAUCCCGAGGGAACACCAUCUAUCCAAUUCAAGAGGAGGAGGAGGAAGACCUAGAUUCUUUUUAA